AUGUGCCAACUCCAACCCGUCUUCCACCACGCCUGCGCGCACUGGGCGCCACGCCCCCGCCUCGUCGGCGAGCCGUGCGUGCGCGCGCACCGCGUCCCCAUCGUCGUCGUCGAGCGCUCGGCGUCACGAAUCACUGCAUCCACAUCCACCAAUAUCACCACCACCGCCUCCGCCGUCUCUUCUUCUUCCGCCACCACCACAGCCGUAUCCGUCACCAUCCCCUGCGACUACCCCUUCCACCUCGGCGCCGCCGACGAAGCGGGCGAGUGUGCGGAAUGCGUGCGGCGGGCGGGAGGGCGGGAUGCCGGGGAGGACGACGACUCGGCGGCGGCGGCGGAGGCGUCGGGCCUUUGUGAGCGGAGGGGCUCGGUCGAUUCGACGGCGACGUGGUCGACGGGGUCGUCGUCGGCGUAUUCGGCCAUGUCGGCGUAUUCGUAUGGGGGGGAGGGGAUCGGCGGCGGCGGCGGUGGUGGUGGGGGAAACGGUUGGCGGCCAUUUGCGGGGGUGAGUGAGGGGGGGUGGGAGGAGUUGAGGAGGGUGAGGGAGAGGAGGGAGGCUGGUGGGCGGGGGGUGGAGGUGGGAAGGUGA